CGGUAGGCUGCCGGCUCCGGUUGUGCAUCGAGUGCUGCCGAGGAGGUGGCGGUUGGGUUUUGGGUUUGUUUUAAAAAAUUAGUCGCUAGUAAAGACCUCGUGAGGCGCGGCACGCUGUCUGCGGUGUGCGCUGUGACAUUAAUACAUGGCACUGGCCCCUGCCUCAGGAAUUUUCAAACCGUAAAAGCACGGUAGAUGCCAUGCAUCGCUGGGAAAGGGCUUGUGAUCACCAUGGCUGCAGUGGAUCGUUUCUACCUCUUGUACAGGGAGAUCAGUCGUUCCUGCAGUUUUUACGUAGAGGCCCUGGCUAUAGUUGGAGCUUGGUACACAGUCAGAAAGUGUGUCUCACUUGCAUUUGACACUUACAGCAUGCUUAGGUUGCAUUUAAUUCCAAAGCUGGGCAGCGAGGUUGAUCUUGUCAAGCAGUAUGGAAAAUGGGCCGUGGUCACUGGUAGCACAGAUGGUAUUGGGAAGGCGUAUGCUGAAGAACUGGCAAAGCGUGGUGUCAACAUCAUCUUAAUCAGCCGAAACAAAGAGAAGCUGGAGGCUGUGUCUAGAAGCAUAUCUGAAACCUAUAAAGUGGAAACAGAUUUCAUAGUAGCUGACUUCAGCAAGGGGCAUGAGCCUUACCCACACAUUAAGAAGGCUCUGAAAGACAGAGAAAUUGGCAUUUUGGUGAAUAAUGUAGGAAUGUUUUAUCCUUACCCAGACUAUUUUACCAACGUGUCUGAGGAUGUGCUGUGGGACAUGAUCAACACAAAUAUCACUUCUGCUAACAUGAUGACUCAUAUAGUGCUGCCAGGCAUGGUAGAGAAGAAGAAAGGGGCAAUUGUGAAUGUUUCUUCUGCAUCCUGUUGUCAGCCGACACCAAUGUUGACAAUCUAUGGAGCCUCUAAAACCUACUUGGACUAUUUCAGUAGAGCACUACAUUAUGAGUAUGCCUCAAAAGGAAUUUUUGUUCAGAGUUUAACGCCAUUCAUAAUUGCUACAAAAAUGGUAGCAUGCAGCAGCGUUGCAUCAAAGAGAUCUUUCUUUUUUCCUUCUGCUGAAGAAUAUGCAAGUCAUGCUAUUUCUACUCUUGGGUUAUCCACAAGGACUACUGGUUACUGGAAGCAUGCAAUAAAGUUCACGUUGGGUGAGCGCAUACCUGAAUGGAUCUGGGCAUGGUUUGCAAUGUAUUUUUUCAGAAUUAUACGCAAGGAAGCUUUAACAUGCAAAGUGAAAUAGAAGUAUCUAGAUGUCCUGUAUAACGAGCACUAUAUUCUGAUCACAGUGCUGCAGAAACGUUUAGUGAACUGUCAUGGACUUCCUGUAACUUGUCCAUACCUCGUUAAACCAGCUAUGUGUAACCUAGACAUCAGAAGUCUGGAUACUCUCCGUAUCCUUGUAUUAAAUAGCUCCUCCUCUGCUUUCCUCCAUGACAGAGCUGAUCUUGUUGAGAUUAAUCUCUGUUUAUUUUCUCUUCAAGGUAAUUGGUUAGGAGCAGGUAUAGUUUUAUUUCUGACAGUAAGUGAUUGUCUCCUGCAUAGUGCUACAUGAUGUCAACUUGCAAAGUUGAAUUUGAGAAUUCUCCAAAUCUGUCAGAAAUGAGACCCCAAAAAAUCAUGCUGUUCAAAAAGACAAUCCCAGUCAACUGUAUUAAGUUUCUUUAAUAUGUAGUUUUGUGUAACUUUUCUGUCUUCUAAGGGCAGAUGUAUGUAUGUUUGUUUGUUUUAAAUGCAAGUGUUACUUUUGAAUGAUGUUAUUUAAGGAAUUUUUCAAAAUGAAGGUGUAUGGCAAAAUAAUAUUAACUUGGAGGUGGUUUAAAUGACUGAAAAGGUCUUACAGAGCUGUAAAGGAAUUUGGAGAUAAGCUUGUAUGCUUUCUUAUUUCAAGUGUGAAUGAUCUUGAUAAUACUUUAACUGUUGCUUCAGCAAUCUGAAAUAUGGCUGGAGAAUUGAAUAAAUAAUGUAAAAACACAUUAGUUACAGAAAAAUAAUGAAGAUAUAAUAUUUUAGUUUUGAAAUAUUGAUUGGUUUCCUAAGAUAAAAAUUACUGAAGUUUUGAUGCUGUAUGAUUUUGAUGCUUUUGUUUAUAUAAAUGUUUAUGCAUAUGUUCUGACUAAGAGUCAUCUGGUAUCAUACACUGCUUAUAUGUGUUUCAGGGUCUACAUCUCAGAGUCAGGAAAGCUGGCCUUUCUGUGUAUGCAUAAUUGCUACCUGAAGGGGGGAUGUGACUUGGGAAGAAUGUUCUCAAUCUUUUCGUAUUUUGUAUUAUCAGAGGCUUGUUAGUACUGCUUCUGUAACGUCACACUGAAAUAUCAAGCCCACGAAGUACCUAUGCAAUAUCUUAUACACAGCAGCAUGACUCAAGGAGCACCCUCUCCACAUUUGUGCUAGUAUUUAUUGCUUGAAUGUUAUGGUGCUGUAUUUCCUGAGGGUGAGAAUGAGAGGUCAUUAUACUACACUAGCUUGAUCCCCGAAAUCUCUACUGGAGAACAUGCAACAGUUGCAUUGUGUUGCUGAAUAAUGCAGUGGUGAUUACAAAGCCGGUACCUAUUGCUCCUCCCCUGUAGCUCUGGACUGGUGUCACUUGAAUGUGGAGUUCAAACAGUGACCUCCCCCACGAAGCUCUUCUGAGUAGGUUUUGUAGAAAAUAAUUUAGUACUCAUCCCCAUCCAGUAAGAGACUGGGUACAAAUCUGUUUAUAAAUAACUUACACUUAAGUUCCAUCAUGUGAAAUACUGAUUAGAGCUCUUAAACAAACAAAAAACCACCCACAAUUCCAGCUGCUCUGUUGAGGUACCCAGUAGUUGUUGGGCCAUGUAGCAAGAUACUGUUGCUUGAAUUUAUCGUCCAAAGGGAGAUUGGGGCUGUGAUCUCUAUAACAAAGGAGCCCCCUUCUUUGACGCUUUGUUACUGUUCUGUUGCUGCAGCCCACUGUUUGCAGGUUUUUUGGGAGUGGUUUUGUCUGCUGCAAACUCCAACCUCAGCUGGUUGCUUCAAUUGUGCAGUAUAAAAGUCUGAUUUUGAUUUAUGCUUGUUUGCGAAUGGGAUAUAAACAAAUACACUUAUUUGUACUAAGGACUUAAAUAAAGCUUGAGAAUGUGAA